AUGUCUCUUGCUAUGGAUAAGGCCUUAAUGGCUCUGUCUCUGGAUGAAGAGGAAGUUCCUUUCGUCAUGCCAGAUCUUCCGGGCUUUAGUUCGGCUGAAGAGAACAAACUGAGCUUGAUUGGAAGGAUUCUCAACCCUACUCGACAAAAGAUGUCUCAGCUCAUCAUGAAGAUGCCUAGAAAGUGGUUCAAGGAAGGCAGAGUUCGAGGGGUGGCGCUUUCUCAAGAAAGGUUUCAGUUCAUUUUCAAAUAUGAACACGACUUGGUGGAUGCUCUUGAGAGGGGAGUUCACACAUUUGAAGAAUGGGCUAUAGUGUUGGAAAGAUGGGUCGAAAAUCCUCCUGAGGAUUAUCUGCAGUACGUCCCUAUCUGGGUUCAAAUAAGCAACAUCCCGGUGGACUGCUAUACCACUGGAGCCCUAACGGCAUUGGGUGACUUGGUGGGGAAGACGGUUCUUGUGGCCUUCGAUCCCACGAAACCUAUAACCCAAGAUUUCAUUAGGGUUUUGGUGAAGUUCAACGUGGCGAACCCACUGCGUAGAACUAGAACCAUCACGCUGAAAGGAAAGGAAGUUGUAAUCCAUUUUAACUAUGAGAGAGUUCAGAAGAGAUGCUUCACUUGUCAAAGACUCAAUCAUGAGAAUGAUCUCUGCCCGCUUGUGGUGAGGAAGAGACAGGAAGAAGCUAAGGUGAGAAGAGAGGUGGCCACGGCUAACUUGGAAAAGAAGAAAAGAAUUGUGGAGGAAGAGGACAUUCUGUAUGGCAUUCUACAGGAGGAGCAGGUUGGGAUAGACCCUGCUACUGGAAGGCUAAAGAUUGCCAAAGAGGUCAUGGAUGAAAUGAGAAGGUUCCUGAUGGCUGAUACAGGAGAAACAUUUGAGAUUAAAGCUGACAAAAUCAAGCGUUCAGUCAAGGAUGCAGAAAAUGACACUCUCUCUCAGAGGCUGGCUCUGCGUUUGGAGGCUCCUCCCACCUUCAUUCAUGACCUGAACAGAGGAAAGGGCAUUGUUUUUGACUAUCCUGAGAACAUUAAGGAGGCUACUUCAAGAAGCAUACAGAGUAACCCUGACAAGCUUAUGGCUGCAUCAAUCAAAGCACACUCUGUGCAUUCCAGACUUUCUCUGCCAACUCAAUUGCGUCUUUGUGAUUCUGAGGACAGCUCUGAUACCACUGCCUCACUCGCAUCUAACUUUCCAACGGUUUUCAAGGCGUCUAACUUCGCGCCUUGUUCUUCCGGGACUGUUAAGAAGAGACCUGCUCCAAGGAAAAGACCUCCUAAAUCAGUGCGACUUCAGAAAAAGAAUCUACUGAAAGAAGGGAUCUUGGUAACGGCAGAGGAGAAAAGUGAAGAGAAGAUGGAAGGGAGUAUUAAGAAAAGGAAUUUCUCAACAGAGAAGGAGGUGGUUCCUGCAACCAACAAGGCGUUAUGCCUUAAGGCGGUCCCAAUGGAGGGUCUGCCCCAUCCCCAAUGA